AUGGUGGCACUCGAAAGCACUCCCAUCCAUGGACGGGAUAUUGGAGGCAACUUGGAAGAAAUGGUGUUAGUUCUGUGGAAUGAGAGGGAAAGCCUCAGGGACGACUACAAGAAAUUGAAGAAUGACUUUGAGAACAUGAGAAAGGAGCACGAAGACCUCAAGUCUAGCUUCCUGGAACAUCUCCGGGAAAGAGACAAACUUCAGCUUCUACUCAACACCACAGAAGGAAGACUCCAAUAUCUGGAAGCUAUUAGUCUGCAAAUAAUGUCCACGAUUGUCCUCCAUGAUUCGAUGGGAAACACUGCGAUCGAUCGAUGUGCUGAUCCUGGAUGCUACAAUCACAGCCUAAGAUAUGAUUCGUCGAUGAAACAGAUGGUGGCAUUGAUCCAGCAAUCGCAGUCGUGCGAACAGCAUAUCCGAGGUCAGAAAGCGAAUUACACAUUGGGUGGAUUGACUUGCAAGGGCAAGAUUCCUACCCCGGACAACCCAGCACAAUCAUGUUCAACUCUUCGCCAAGCUGGAAACGCUCACCCUGGCUAUUACUUAACAGCUUCCAAGCGACCCUUCUUGGAGUUGACUAUGUGUAGGAUGGAUUUGGAGGAGACCGACCCGAAGUUUCAGGUGGAGACUAGUGUACAUAUUGCAGGGGAAGGUGGUGUUUCUCUCAUAGAUGUCCAAUCCCCUACAUUUCAUUUGGUGAAGCAAGACGCGAAACUGUGGCCACUGGCUGGAUCUGGGAAGGAUGUUGUUAAGGCGAGGGACGCGGUGCAUUGCGGCUCCAACUGCCAUUCUCUUCGACCGAUUUGCAAUGCCUUCAACUGGUAUCCUAUAAAUCUCACCUGUGAGUUUGUGAAAACUCCGAACGCCACGUUACAAUAUGCCCCUGGUGCAAAGGUCUAUGUCAGUGCAUCCAGUGGUUGCCUGACACCUCCUCCUUUGAUGGAAAAUCGAACGAUGAAUUUCUCGUACGGAUGGUAUGGCAACCUACCAGCGCCCUUCCUCUCCGAAGUCUCGUAUGACUGCCCGCGCCAUUCCCGUUGUCCACCUUCUCUUCCCCUCAAGGCCAAAUGCCUCGGCUUCAACGAGUGGGAAAUCCUGAAUCUGAACGUCACGCCGCCCUGCCCGGGAAGCGUUCUUCUGGCACAAGGUUACCAGUUGUUUCUUGGAGACGGUCGCUUUUACAAGCGAUACCCGGGGCCAAUGAACAGGACAGAGGCGAGCCAGGUCUGUUGCCUGGAUGGAGCCCGACUCGCUUCCGACACGAACCAAACACUCUACUCUGCAAUCAGAAUGGUCGCCCAAAACAGAACCGAGGCAAUCCUUCAAGGCGCCACCGACGAACUCGUGGAAGGCACGUGGGUGUACGAGGACCCAAGUUUCCUUCAGGUGAACAAUACCCCGAUGACAUCCUGGAAUUAUUGGGGAAAGAACUCCAGCCUCCCGGUGGGCCAGCAGAAAGCACCGAACGGAGGACGAAACAAGAAUUGCCUUAGUCUUCUGGUGGAACACUGGUUCGACAUCCCUUGCUCUACCAGGCUCCCCUUCGUCUGCCAGUACUACUGAACUCUGAUGCACGUUUCUACUCGCGCCUCGAACUUUUUUCAUCCAUACUUUUUCCUUGGAAUCUUUCGUAUCUCAAGAGGAAAAUGGCAGGA